AUGAUCCUCUCCUACAUUCUGCAUGGCCAUCUUCCGUUCUACGCGCGGAAUCCUCCCCACCCCGACACUUUACUCGAUGCCAAACUGAAAGAUGCCCCCAAUCUACUCACGGCAAAUGUGGAGGCACUGACCGCACACUUUGCGGCUUCCCGCCUGUCAUACUCCACCCAGGCCUUGCCCGUGAAUGUGCUGUUGGAUACCCUCGUGCGGCCCAGCCUGGACGUGGACGACUCCGACUGCACCUCGAAUAUCGCAUGGCGAUCCAUGCCCGAGAAGGCGAUCCCGCAUCUGGUAUUCGGAAAUGCUCCUCGGCCGGGCGGCCAAUGGACGGAAGAUCCCCACGGUGCGAGCUGGGAUAUUCAAACGCUGAGUUAUGCGGCCAUGCUCUCGCUGCCGGGAUAUUCGUUCGCCGAUCAUCAUCGAGUCACGACGGGAGAUGACCUGCCUCCCUUCACGCGACCGACCCGCCGCGAGAUCGCCGACUACUUCCAGGCCUAUCCAGCCGCGGUGCAGAUUGAUGAUGUCUUUCGCUGCGGCGAGCAAGUCAAGGGGAUUUGCCGCACUGCCAAUGGGUUUUAUAUUCAAUCCCAUAACCUUCACUGCCGGCGGCUCGUCCUGGCAAGUGGCAUCUUUUCAGAAAUUCUCCCACCUCCAGCGCUGCUUCAGCCUGUCCUGCAGACACAAUCGACGCCGACGAUCCCGUUGCUCGUGAUCGGCUCGGGAUUCUCGGCCGCCGAUACCAUCAUCUCUGCUUCCGCGGACCAGAAAAUUCUGCACGUGUUUAAAUGGUCUCCCGAGGAUCGCCCAUCCCCGCUCCGAGGAUGUCAUCAGCACGCAUACCCGGAGUAUGCCGGCGUGUAUCGACUGAUGAAGCGAGCUGCUCUGGCAAGCCGACUGAACAAGACACCUCAGCGGCCGAAUGCUCGUCGCGCAUCAUCUAUGCCCUUCCUUGAGUCUCGAAACUGGGACGGGGUUUAUGAAGGGCUUCCCAAUGUGGAAAUCGUGGAUGUUGCAGUCAAAGAGGAUUCAGCUCUGGUCACGUUCCGUUGCGAGGACGGAUCCAAGCUCACUCGGUCGGUUCGGGGUCUCGUCUAUGCGGCCGGGCGACGGGGCACCCUGGACUACCUGGAUCCGAAACUGCGGACCGAAGUGCUCAACCCCGACGAAGCCGACGAUGUGGUCAUCUCCGGUCAGACUCUGCGAGCCAAGGCGCUCGAAGACCUCCAGGUCGCCCCCGGAGUCUAUAUCAUUGGCAGUUUGACGGGCGAUUCAUUGGUUCGCUUCGCAUACGGGGGUUGCGUCGUGACCGCAGGACAUUUGAUCGGGUACCGGGACGGGGAUGGAGAGUCGCGCAGUUCAUGUGGCAGCGUCGUCUCCACUCGACCACCCUCUUCAUCAUUGCAGGCGAUGAACGGGAUGGAUGGUCACCAUAUCUACCCGACCACCGAGGCUGAUCUCACGCGUGAAGAUACCCUCCUGAGCAAGGUUUCCACCAUUCAAACCGCAUCGACCAGUGUGCAGGGUUGGUGGAAGACGGUGAUGCAUCUGUGGAAAGAUUUGACACGAUAG